AUGGGCCGAAAGAAGGUGGCAGCAGAGCCUGAGCAGGCAAAGGAGGAGCCUAGUCGUGAGCCAAGUGCUCCCUCGAGACCCCCUAAGAACCCCCACAACCUUGCUUUAAAGAAAGCUCUAGAGAAAGGUGUGGCUGCCAAGGCAGCUGCAAAAGAGGAGAAGCUGAAAGCACAGCUUCUUUUGGACGAUGGGCAGUGCAGUAUGACACUAGGUGAUCUUAUGGAAGAAGAGAAGCUAUCCCUCCCUGAAGCACUAGAGGUCCAGAAGCAACUUCAGUCGGCAGCCGAAGACCCCGAGUUAGAAGCAUCACGCAAGGCAGCGAGCAAAGCAGCAAAGGAAAUAGCAAAGGACCCCAAGCCCACCAGGCAACCCAAAUCCAAGGCAAAGGCAAAGGCAAAGGCCACUGCAGCACCGGUGCCCGCAGAAGAGCAAGAAACCCAAGUCGACGACCCAGAAGAAACAAUGGCUGAAGCCGUAGCCGAACCCAAGAGAAAGCAUGCCGAUGCAACCCAAACGGAGCCUGCCAAUGAGUUUCUGAGAAGAAAGAAGCAAAGGCAAAGGGAGCACGAGGAUACCAAGCAGAGAGAGGCUGCCGCAGCCCCUGCAGGAACACCAGAGCCGGCAGCCAAGCGCAAACACCCGAAGGAGCCAGAUUAUGAGAAGGACAUCGAGGAGCUGAUGGAUGAAUUGGACCUGGAAGAGAAGAAGGAGGCAGCAGAGCACAAGGACAACAGCAAGAACAAGCGACGCAAGAAGAAGAAACACUCCAAGCCACCAUCCUCUGUUGUGACAGCAGAAGAUGAGGAGAAGGAGGAGGAUAAGGAGGAGCACGACAUGAAGCCGUCCAACCCAGCCCCACCGGCCAUGCCUCCCCCUGCAACGCGUGCAUCUUACAAGCGAUCCGAUGCCUUCUGCCAUGAGGAGGGUGAUGAGAAGUCUUCGCGCAAAGGCCAAGGCUCCAAACUGCCCCCGAACACAACAACGACCGCCGUCGACCCAGACUGCACCAAGCCAAAGAAGGAAGGCAGCACUAUCGAUGGAUCGAUGUCGGAGCUGCUCGAGUCGCCGCUUAGAUGCACUUGUCACAACAUGUUCGAGGGGAAUGCUAGCUCUUGGGGAAUUGAGCUCCGAUGCUGUAUCAUCAUGAGGCUUGGGAACUCGGCUUCGCAAGUCGGUGCUAACAUGGACUACAAGAAACUCUUGGGUAUGGUGACACAGCUGCAAGUCCGGCUUGAAAAAGCUGCCGAUGAAAAGGAAGCUGCCGAGGCGCAGGUUGUGCAUCCUGAGGAGCCAGUGCCAGCUGAGCCAGUGCCUGCUAGCAAGGUGAAGGCAGAUGAUGAAAAUGGUGAUGGGGGUGAGGAUUUGGAUGGGGAGCCUAUGGAUGAGGAGGCCGAUGAUGAUGAAUCUGUAGCGAUGGAUAGUGAUGGGGAGAGUGCUGCAGAGCACGCGGAGAUUUUGCAGGAGGCGGAAAAUCUCCGAUCUAGGCGAGUGGAAGAGGCACAGAAGCCUAAGGAGGCUCCUUUGUUGCCACCCCCGAACGCAGCAGAUGCUGUGCCAGACACUAGGCCCCCCGUGAACCCUGUACGCACUGAGCUUGCUGUCGUCAACAGCACGACACACAAGAAGGAGUACAUGCGACUGAACCGCUUGAUCAAUACCGGCGCCUUGGCCGAGAAGUUCCCAUCAAUGCAAGCCUUGGCUGAUGGAACCAUCAAGGCUAGGAAGAAGGUGGACGCCAUCGUCGCGCGCGGGGGGGGCGUCCCGGACAGGGACGCCCCCCUCGUGCUCGAGGAAACCAAGUUUUGGGUGACGGUGGAGGAGAGCCGCGAAGACACCGAAGGGGUAGAGCUUAUGUAUAAAGAGGAGCUUAAUCUCCACAUGCGGCCGGAUACCUCUGCUGCGACGAGGGAGAUCCUACGUGCGUAUGAUGCGUACAAUUCGGAGCUGGCAUCAGCGGCAAAUGUGCCGCAGGGACGUGCUGAGCUCCGAAAGGAGAUGUCGAGCUGCAUGACCUUGAGCGUGGAGCUCCCCCAGGACGACGAGCUCAAGACCAUGAUCGAUGAAAGCCUCGCGGAGCUCAAGAGCUUGGCAUUGAGGCUCAAAAAUGCCAAGACCUUCGAUGCGAUGGAUCCCAUCUGUCGUGAGAUUCAUGAAGUGGUAGCCUGGUAUGUCACUGACUUCAAGGUGACCAAGGGCAAGGCAAAGGGACUGGUCCAGCGCUGCCUCAUCAUGUGUCUGCCAGUGUCCGACAAGAGCUGGAUCGUGCAGUCUGUUUGUACUGGCGAUGCCACGAUUACAUUGGGAUGUGAGCUCGGCCACUUCGUCGCUUACGAGUUGGCCAAAUGUAUGAUCGAUGAAGGCUACCUCGACUGUUUGCUACCAUCCGACAAGACGACUGUAAUCAAAUGUUGGAAGUCUUUUCUUGAGGACCUAGGGGACGGUCAUCCGAUGGCCGGCAUGGACGAGGACCUCUACUUCUGUGUCGUGGCGAUGAAGGGUGACAUCAAGUACAUGUACCAGAGCUUCAAUCUAUAUGCUGGAGAUGUGCAGCUUCGCGGGGUGCCUCUGACUUUUCCCUUGUUUAUACGGACAUCUCGCCACGAGCACGUUGGCGAUUUCAGAUGA